AUGAACGGACAAGUGAAAAGCGGGCAGGGGCGGCGGGCUAGCCCCUCCAAGGUGGAGAGAGUCACGAACAGCGAAGCGGAAAAGAAGGAGUUCUGCCUCUUCUACAUCUGCGAAUUGCUCAACACGAUUUAUUCCACGUAUAAAAAUAGCAAACCCAUUUACGUGCAUUUUGUUUGCUCCAAGGAGCGAGGGAGUGAAAGCGAAGGAGAGAGCGAACGUUCAAGCGGCAGCAAAAGUGGAAGCAAACGUGAAAGUAUAUUCGAACGAAAAAGUCAAAAUAGAACCAUUUCCGGGAGGAAAGGUUUCCAUUACACCCCCAACUCGGUGCUGGAACAAUAUUUCCCCGACUAUUUUAAAAACGUGCACUUCCUCUGUGCACACUAUGCUAUGUGGGCAAAUCAGCCAAGUAAUGAUGAAAGCAAAGGGGAUUCCCCUAGCAGAGGCAACCUGAACGAUGGAUCGAACAAACAAAAAAGAAGAGGCAGCAUCACCGACAAUCCUGGUGAUCAAAGUAAAUCAACUUACCGAAAGGAACAGACCUUUUACUUUAUUUUCACCUUUUACAUGGAGCCAAAUUUUUUAUGGGAAGAAAUAAAUAUACCUAUAUUUCACGACAGGGGCUAUAUCGAUUGCAAGUUUGACUGCGUCAGCAAUUUUAUGAAAUUGAAUGACGGGGUGAAUGUGAUAAACCGGAUCAAGUUGCGGGCACACAAUCAGACGCUCAUUCAGUGCAUUCGGGGGGGUACAGCAAGCAGUGCCUCCCCCAAGGAAUGUGUUCUCAACGGUGGUAAUAAAAAUACUAGCGUUUUGAAUGGAGGUAAUAACAAAACUAGCCUUUUGAAUGGAGUUGAUUCCACGAAUCAGCCACAGGGAGAUGUGCACCUCCUGCCCUUUUUCACCUCAAGUCAAUGCUUGCGCAAAAAUCACCAAGUCUGCCUCACCAGAGUGAUCAGCUUUAAUGAUAAGGGCGUGUACUGUAAGAGGGACGAGGGAGAGGACCUCCCCAUUCAGCUGCUGAUUCUCGUUCAAAAGAAGCUGCAGAAAAGGUUAAAGAGCAUGGAAAGGGAGGCAGCCCUGCUGUGCUAUCUGAGAAGAAGCGAAACGAAGGAGGUAGACCACACACAGGGGGACUCCACCAAGUUCGUUCUCCCCAAAGAGGACACACCGAAAAGCGGUUCCGAUUUUAGUGCCACAAUCCGAAGUGAUGAUCAUUCCGACGACACCCCCCGAAGCAGUGGCAGUAGAAAAGGGGACCUCCAUGUGGAUCGUCCCAACUCGAACCACUCUCGGGACAACCUUGCGGGGGUCGACUACGAUGAGAUUCACAAGCUCAUCAAUUCCGCAGAAACGAUUUUCAAAAAAAGAAUCUCAGACCAGCAGCUGGAGAAAUUGCUCCUCCGGAUGCGCAGCAGGGGGAAUGACCACAGUGAGGCAACUCGAGGGAGUCUUUCCCAUCUUGCUAACCUCACCAACCUUGCGAACGUGGCGAAUAUUAACAAGCUAGCCAACGUAGCAAAGAUUAGCAGUAUUCCUAACCUGGGCACCCCUGAUAGGGGUCUCUCACCCAGCAGAGCGAACUUCCCAAAGGAUGAAGCCGUGGAUGUCCACUUAGGCCUCGAAGACUAUUAUGAAUUUGUUCGCUCUGGUAAAAAUGAAUUAAACAACACGUUGCGAGACUCUUGGAAGCUCGGUAUUGAUGUUAGCAAGACGAGCAAAAAGAACAAAUUUGCGUGA